AAAAAAUGUAAGAGCAUUUCUGGAUUUCAGUAUUUCGGCAUAAAUGCUUAAUUUAAAAAUAACUUUGAUAUACGUUGCAGUUAUUCAAUGUUCAUCAUCAAACAAUGUGUCCGAAGAAAUAAACCCUGCAAAUAUCGAACGUUUGUUCGGUGGUCAGUACGUCGAAAGUAUCGACCAAUUUCCAUUUCAGGCCGCAAUUUUCUAUUACAAUAAAUUUAUAUGUGGCGGAUCAGUAAUAGAUUCGGAACACAUUUUAACGGCGGCACACUGCGUAGGUAUGAAUUCAAAUAAGAGUGGUUUUCUAAUCGGAGUUGGAGCUAUUAGACUUACGAACCUGUCAAUCUUUCCUGUCGCGGAAUUACUUAGACAUCGUGACUACAGUCCACGACACCUUGCAAAUGAUAUAGCCUUAAUUAAGGUAGCACUAGGAACGCACAAGUUUCCAGAAGAAGUUAAACCGAUUGAAUUGGAUGAAACACGUUAUAUUAAAUCAAGAACUCAAUGCACCAUUGUAGGCUGGGGCAAGUCAGAGAGAUCACAAUCACCAAACGAAUUGUCGUUUGGUCAUGUCAAUAUCGUUCGUCCGGGAAUUUGUAGAAAUGCAUUUCGCACGUCGUUGCAGCGUGGAACCGUAUGUGCUGAAGGAAUCAGAGUAGGAAGUUGUGAGGGUGACUCUGGAGGUGGCUUAAUUUGUAACAAUGUGCUGUCAGGAGUGACUUCAUACGCCCGUUUUGGCUAUCCAGAUUGUGCAAAAUCACCGACUGUUUAUACCCAAGUGUUUGCGUUCAGACAUUGGAUAGACAGACAAAUCAAGGGAGGUAGUUCAAGAACAACACAACAUUCAAUAUAUUUAAUAGUACUGAAGGUUUUAUCUAUAUUUGUAUCAACUUGUCUGUUGUAUAAACUGUGAAAUAUU